GCGCAUCUUUCGAACUCUGUUGUUGCAUUUAACGGUGUUGGUUUAAUUCGUGUUCGUGUCCCAGGUAGUCGUUCCAAACGAGUAAAGUUCAACUACUAAACGUAUUGUGAUUGAAACUUGGUCUUUUUUCUACAAACAGGACCAAUGACAUUUCCAAUCUGUACAGAAAGUAAUCACGCUCCAUUCAAAGACCAGAUUGACGAUGAGACCGUAAUGUUUGAUCUGGACAUGAGCAUGGAUACUUUACCUGAUACACCCCUAAAGAAUGAUGAUGGUGACUCUGAUACACAAAAGACUCGGACAAAUCAAUCCAGUAAUUCCCUUUCCGCUACUCCUUCAAGACGUGAAGGUAAAGUGAAGUCAGACAUGUCUCGUUCUGCUUCAACCUCAGGACUUAUUGAUAAUGUUAGCCUGGAGGAUAUUUACGAGUACGACUGGGCUGAUAGUGAUUCUGAAUCUCCCGGUGGGAAACAUGAGAAAGAGUCAUAUAUAGUUCAAGAAGUUCUUGCAGACUUUUUGAAGGUUAAAUCCUUCAAACGCAAGUACCCCGAUCUAGCUAGGCGCGCUAUGGAUGCUUAUGAACGAUCGUGGUUACAGCAAGAGGGGAUCGUUCCUGUUGGUCGUGCAGACCUUGGCCUCACAGCACUGAAAACUGAUGAUGUUAUGAAACUGUUACAACAAGACUACCCAGAGAUACAUAUUGCUCUAACGGAUUUAUUUCGUCGACGAAAAUUUAAAACAGCUGUUGAAAAUCAAAAGCGUCAGUAUGAAGCUGCUCGCAUUGAACGUGGCGAAGCUCGAGCUGAAGCAGCUCGUAGACGAGCAUUAGAUUCUGCUGCUGAUUACAAUCACCGGUUGAUUUCUGAACGUUUAAGUUCAAGACGUUGUUAUUGGGAUUUACAAACAAUGCAAAUUCACAUUCCUCAAAGAAUGUAUAAAUUACUGGAAUAUCCAACUUUCCCGAAUGGUGCAUAUCCUGUGGCAGUUAUACCUGGACAAUUUGCAGAAUAUUUUGUAAGCUAUACUCCUGAACAAUUAUCAUAUCUACCAUUAUCACGUGUUCUAUAUCCACAUCCAUUACGAAAGCAUAGAAAUCCACCUCCUCUUCCUACAACACUACGAUUUGGUUCGAUUAAACCGAAAGUCAACUUGCCUAAUAUGUCUUCUUGUGAUUUAAAUGAUCAAAAUGCCUUAGGUUUAGAUCAUUCUAGAUUUAUGGACUCAUUAAACCAUCAAACUAUGAACACAAUGGAAGGUCAGCGAACUAGACAUACAAAUGGAUCACUAUUAUCAAAUGUUACCAGUUCAAACAUGUUAUCUGGUGGUGGUGUUGGUGAUAAAUCAUCAAUUUCUGAUGUAGAAACAGAUAAUAAAACCCAUAAUUCAAUAUAUCGACGAUUCAAGACAAAUGCAGAAAUCAACACAGACAAUAACCCUAUUUGUGUUGUAUGUGGUCAAUUAACUACCAAUUAUAUACGUUGUUCUGAGUGUAAACUAAUCGGUCAUCCAAAAUGCUUGGAUAUACCUGAUUCUAUGUUAUCAGGUGUGAAAAGCUAUGAUUGGACAUGUUUAGAGUGUAAACGAUGCGUAGAAUGUAACGAUUCCGGUCAAGAAGAUCAAAUGAUGUUUUGUGAUCGUUGUGAUCGUGGUUAUCAUGCAUUUUGUGUUGGUUUAGGACGAAUUCCUAAUGGAAAUUGGGAAUGUUUAUUGUGUGAAUCAUUGCCAACACCGCCUAGGAAAGGACGUCCUAGAAAGAAUAGACCUAAAGAUUCAGAUGAUUUACCAUGGGGUUAUAGUGUAAGGAAACCGCGUAAAUCAAUGCUGAAGCGGAAACUUUAUCAAACAACAAGUAUCAGUGAUAUCAAAGACACGUCAUUGGUAGUACAUAGUUCCAAUAUUCAAUCAGGAGGAGGAGGAGGAGUCACUAGUGCUGACGGAGUAGUAGUACCUACUAAACGACGUCGAGGUCGUCCACCGACAAAAAAUCGCAUUAUUGCAUCACUUCCACCUCCAUCAUCUCCAUAUUUUUCAAAUUCAACUAAUUUUAGUCCUCGUUCGGAAGUCUCGAUACCUCCACCAGCUUCUCCAUCUACACCAUUAUCGAUCAAAAUGUCUAUUCCUGACAACGAAUCAUCAAAAGUAUGCUCGGUUGUUAACACUGUUCCUACCAAAAUAGAAUCUUCUGUUGAGGAAAAAAUUGAUAUUUCUGACAAUUCUGAACAUUUAAAACCGAAUAAUGUUAAUAAUGAUAAUAUUAGCACUAAUACAAUUGAUCAAAAUGAAAAUAACACUGAGAAACAUGCUAGUGACAUGCAAAUUCCUUCAACAAAUCUACCUGAUCUGAACAAUAAUGAAAACUAAUGCUAACCAUGCAAUAAACUUGUGUUGACCAUUAAUUUUUUCUACUCCCUUCAACCUUUGUAUAUUUAUCCUUUGUACUUGAAAUAUCCUAAUUUCGUUUUUUAAUAAAUAAUAUUCAAUUACA